AACUCCCUCAAACGUGGAGCUUGCUGAAAAAGGAGCCCCCCUCCUAUUUUGUUACCCUUUAUAAUUUUCUCCCUAAAACCGUUCAGCUGACAGCCAGGUGCACUGUUCCUUCUCAGAUCACUUUAGUGAUUUGCUCAUCCUGGGCACAAAUAGAUGGCCUUGCAUACCCGGAGUCUGGGAGAGAUCUGGUGGGCGAAGAAAUGAGAAUGGGGAGAGAGGGAGAGUGGGCACCAGGGGGCGAGGGGCUGGCCGGGCAUUGGAGCUUGAUUGGGUGUCUGUUGAUUUUACGUUGCAAAUAACAAGGCAGCCACCCCUCUUGUCUUCCCAUGAUUACAUUCCAGUGGAGAGGUUCAGAAUAGAGGGAGGCUUAGCUUGGAACUCUUAGGGCUUGAAGAUGUGAUCCCCCAAAAGUUUAGUCGGCGAAUGGGAGAUUGAAGGGUGACGGGAAAGGGGCAGGCGCGCCUGGGAUGCUCUGAUGGGGCGUUCGGCGGCAGGAUUUUAAAUCGCUCUGCUUCAGAUUGUCUGCCCUGGGUGACCUCCUGGACCUGCCCUGGCGGAAUCCGGACUUGCCCCGCCGAGAUGACGAGGAAUCAUCUUUAAACUGCAGAUGUUCCAAUCGGGAGGAACAGGAAUGCAUCUUCAAGUUUUGAUGACUGCUGAUGAAUUCACUUCCUGGGGAGUACACAGGAAUAAUUCUGCUACAGGGCUGACUUCAAGGACGUGAAUCGUUGACCUCAUGCCAACAUCAGAACCUCAGAUGUUAUUCUAAUUUUCACAUCAUUCCAGGCAAGUUGACUUUCUAUGGGGUAAAACUGAACCUUAAGAGUCUGAUGGAAUUUCACUGUGAAGUUCACAUCAAGACAACUUGCUGAAACCCACAGAGCCUUUCCCCCAUGGGACCUGAUGGUAGCCUCCAGAAGGUGCAGCCUCAGGUGGUCCCCCGUCUUCUGUGGCAAGAAUAAACUUUGGGUCUUGGAUUGCAACACCACUUGUGGAGAAAAUGGUAUGCGAGGGAAAGCGAUCAGCCUCUUGCCCUUGUUUCUUCCUCUUGACCGCCAAGUUCUACUGGAUCCUCACAAUGAUGCAAAGAACUCACAGCCAAGAGUAUGCCCAUUCCAUACGAGUGGAUGGGGACAUCAUUUUGGGGGGUCUCUUCCCUGUACAUGCAAAGGGAGAGAGAGGGGUGCCUUGUGGGGAGUUGAAGAAGGAAAAGGGGAUCCACAGACUUGAGGCCAUGCUUUAUGCAAUCGACCAGAUUAACAAGGACCCUGAUCUCCUCUCCAAUAUUACUCUGGGCGUCCGGAUCCUUGAUACGUGCUCCAGGGACACCUAUGCUUUGGAGCAGUCACUAACCUUUGUGCAGGCAUUAAUAGAAAAAGACGCUUCUGACGUGAAGUGCGCUAAUGGAGAUCCACCCAUUUUCACCAAGCCCGACAAGAUUUCUGGAGUCAUAGGUGCUGCCGCAAGCUCCGUGUCCAUCAUGGUUGCUAACAUUUUAAGACUUUUUAAGAUACCUCAAAUUAGCUAUGCAUCCACAGCCCCAGAGCUAAGUGAUAACACCAGGUAUGACUUCUUCUCUCGGGUGGUCCCGCCUGACUCCUACCAAGCUCAAGCCAUGGUGGACAUUGUGACGGCUCUGGGAUGGAAUUAUGUGUCGACACUGGCUUCUGAGGGGAACUAUGGAGAGAGUGGUGUGGAGGCCUUCACCCAGAUCUCAAGGGAGAUUGGCGGUGUUUGCAUUGCUCAGUCACAGAAAAUUCCACGUGAACCAAGACCUGGAGAAUUUGAAAAAAUUAUCAAACGCCUGCUAGAAACACCUAAUGCUCGAGCAGUGAUUAUGUUUGCCAAUGAGGAUGACAUCAGGAGGAUAUUGGAAGCGGCCAAAAAAUUAAACCAAAGUGGGCAUUUUCUGUGGAUUGGCUCAGAUAGCUGGGGAUCCAAAAUAGCACCUGUUUAUCAGCAGGAGGAGAUCGCAGAAGGGGCUGUGACAAUUUUGCCCAAAAGAGCAUCAAUUGAUGGAUUUGAUCGAUAUUUUAGAAGCCGAACACUUGCCAAUAAUCGAAGAAAUGUGUGGUUUGCAGAAUUUUGGGAGGAGAAUUUUGGAUGCAAGUUAGGAUCCCAUGGAAAAAGGAACAGUCAUAUAAAGAAAUGCACAGGACUAGAGCGAAUUGCUCGGGAUUCAUCUUAUGAACAGGAAGGGAAAGUCCAAUUUGUGAUCGAUGCAGUGUAUUCCAUGGCUUAUGCCCUGCACAAUAUGCACAAAGAUCUCUGUCCUGGAUACAUUGGCCUUUGCCCACGGAUGAGCACCAUUGAUGGGAAGGAGCUACUUGGUUAUAUUAGGGCUGUAAAUUUUAAUGGCAGUGCUGGUACGCCUGUCACUUUUAAUGAAAACGGAGAUGCUCCCGGACGUUAUGAUAUCUUCCAGUAUCAAAUAACCAAUAAAAGUACAGAGUACAAAGUCAUCGGGCACUGGACCAAUCAGCUUCAUCUAAAAGUGGAAGACAUGCAGUGGGCUAAUAGAGAACACACUCAGCCAGCAUCUGUCUGCAGCCUGCCCUGCAAGCCUGGGGAAAGGAAGAAAACCGUCAAAGGGGUCCCUUGCUGCUGGCACUGUGAGCGCUGUGAAGGUUACAACUACCAGGUAGAUGAGCUCUCCUGUGAACUUUGCCCUUUGGAUCAGAGACCAAACAUCAACCGUACAGGCUGCCAGCGUAUCCCCAUCAUCAAACUGGAGUGGCAUUCUCCCUGGGCCGUGGUGCCUGUGUUUGUUGCAAUACUGGGGAUCAUCGCCACCACCUUUGUGAUUGUGACCUUUGUCCGCUAUAAUGACACACCUAUUGUGAGGGCUUCAGGACGAGAACUUAGUUAUGUGCUCCUAACAGGGAUUUUUCUCUGUUAUUCCAUCACCUUUUUAAUGAUUGCAGCACCAGAUACAAUUAUAUGCUCCUUCCGACGGAUCUUCUUGGGACUUGGUAUGUGUUUCAGCUAUGCAGCCCUUCUGACCAAAACAAACCGUAUCCACCGAAUAUUUGAGCAGGGGAAGAAAUCUGUCACAGCACCCAAGUUUAUUAGUCCAGCAUCCCAGCUGGUGAUCACCUUCAGCCUCAUCUCCAUACAGCUCCUUGGGGUGUUUGUCUGGUUUGUUGUGGACCCACCACACACCAUCAUCGACUAUGGAGAACAACGGACACUGGAUCCGGAAAACGCCCGAGGAGUGCUCAAGUGUGACAUUUCUGAUCUCUCGCUCAUUUGUUCCCUUGGAUACAGUAUCCUCUUGAUGGUCACUUGUACUGUUUAUGCCAUUAAGACGAGAGGUGUUCCAGAGACUUUCAAUGAAGCCAAACCAAUUGGAUUUACCAUGUAUACCACCUGCAUCAUUUGGUUAGCUUUCAUUCCCAUCUUUUUUGGUACAGCUCAGUCAGCAGAAAAGAUGUACAUCCAGACAACAACACUUACUGUUUCCAUGAGCUUAAGUGCUUCUGUGUCUCUGGGGAUGCUCUAUAUGCCCAAGGUUUAUAUUAUAAUUUUUCAUCCAGAGCAGAAUGUUCAAAAACGCAAGAGGAGCUUCAAGGCCGUGGUGACAGCUGCCACCAUGCAAAGCAAACUGAUCCAAAAAGGAAAUGACAGACCAAAUGGCGAGGUGAAAAGCGAACUCUGUGAGAGUCUUGAAACCAACAGUAAGUCAUCCGUAGACUUUCAGAUGGUCAAGAGCGGGAGCACUCCUUGAUAGAUCUUCCUCUACCAAGACAACAUAUAUCAGCUACAGUAAUCAUUCAAUCUGAAACAGGGAAAUGACAAUCUGAAGAAAUAUGGUAUGUGAUCGUAAACAAUGAACAUGAGACCACAAAAACUAACUCCUGGAGAUCUCCAUAGACUACAACCAAUCAAAUCAAUAUUCAGUCUAGUAAGGAACAAAAAUUAGCCAUGAGCCAAAAGUAUCAAUAACGGGGAAUGAAGAACCCCGCUUUAUAAAACACAACCAAUGAGUGUCAAACUAAAGUAUUGCUUCCUCAUGAGAAGUUAAAAAAAAAUCACAAAAGGAAAACUAAUGUUAGCUUGUGAAAAAAAAAAUAUGCUGUUGAAAUAAACCAUGUCUGAUGUUAUUCUUGUAAGUAUUUUUCUGUGAUUGUGAGAACUCCCGUUCCUGUCCCUCAUUGUUCAACUUGUAUAAGAUGAGUCUGUUUCUUGUAAUGGCUGACCGGAUUGAAGCCCUGGGUUGUGCUAAAAAUAAAUGCAAUGAUUGACGCAUGCAAUUUUUUAUACAAAUAAUUUAUUUCUAAUAAUAAAGGAAUGUUUUGCAAAUGUU